AUGAUACCGACCAAAAAUUGGAUUUGGAUUAUCACUCUUUUCGUGCUUGAUCCACUUACCGCUGCUUAUAGGCCGUGCGAGAAUCCACUGACAGAUGACGUGGAUGACAUCCCAGAAUUGAUUAAAAAUCUUCCAAACGAUUAUAAAAUAACCCUUAAAUAUGUCAAUGAGAUGGGAUAUAUCCACAAGCAUUGUUGGCUGCAUUUGAUGGUACUUGAAUUUGCAAAGAGCCUGAACAACUUGCUCCACAAAUUUCCACGAACAUCUAGCGCGUCAAAAAACCACUCAAUCCUCAACAGUCUCACACGAAUGGUUGACAAACUUCUAGAAUACCUCACGUUGGAUCAACAAAAGAACUUUAAAAAACAAAGUGACUAUUCCUACGCAGAAAAUGAAUUCAGUCCUAAGGAAUUCUUCAAACAACUUAACAACAUGAUUGAAACCUUUAAGGUGUUUUCAAAAAUACCGGAGUAUGAUAACUGCGUUUUCUCUUCAACAACGGAAGCCCUGUGUAAUGCUUCCGAGGUCACUGAAACAGAACUACCUUAUCCACCACCUCCUGUCGCCACUCGUUCCCUCAAAAACGAUUACCUAAAAGAGAUAGAUGUAAUGCUAUCAUCUAAACCAAAAAACGAGGGAUCUGAACUUCUACAAGCUAAAAGAGAAACCACUCAAGGGCUGAACCAACUGAUUACGGCUGAGCAACGGGCCCAAGCCAUACUAUUUGGACUGAUGCUAAUUUUAUUUUUCAUCAGCAUAAUCUGCUUGUUUUUUGCCUAUAGAUCCUUAUCGCGACAACUGAAAGUGCUAUCUACAUUCGUCUACGUAAAGUUACCCCCUCAUCUUCACGUUAAGUUUGAGGAUGAGAGUGAACUCUAA